AUGGCAACAGAGCAACAACGUCAACAACUUGUUGAAAUUAAAGAUAUAGAGCAACAUAAAUUUGUAAAACCAGUUAAAGUAGUAACAUGUGAAGAUGAUAUUAGAAAAUUUUUAGUUUCAGAAGCAUGCAAUAAUUUAUUAAAAUAUAUUCAAACCAUCAGCGAUCAAAUUAAAUCAAAACCAAAUGAUAUUGAAACACCAUAUUUCAAAUCACAACCAAUGAGAUAUGGUAAUAAAGCAUAUCGUACAUGGUAUCAAAAGAUGACAGAAAAUAUUGAAAGAGUUCAUUUAGAAAUGUUUGGUGAAGAAUCUGAAAAAUAUAAAGAAUCAAUUCAAGAAUUAUCACCCUAUCUUAUGGAUGCAAUGGGUAAUCAAACUCGUUUAGAUUAUGGUACAGGUCACGAAUUACAUUUUGUCGUAUGGACAUUCUGUUUGCGUAGAAUAGGAUAUUUAAAAUCAGAAGAUGAAAUUGAUAUCGCCCUUAAAGUAUUUCCAUGCUAUUUAGAAUUAGUUCGUAAACUUCAACGUGUAUAUGGUUUAGAACCAGCUGGUACACAUGGUGUUUGGAGUUUAGAUGACUAUCAAUUCAUCCCAUUCAUUUGGGGUGCUGCUCAACUAAUCAAUAAUCCCUUUGGUAUUAAACCAGCAUCCAUUACAAUUGAAAAAAUAGUUGACCAAUAUUACCCAAAAUAUAUGUAUUUAGCCUGUAUAAAAUAUAUCAAUACCGUUAAAAAAGGACCUUUCCAUGAACACUCUAGAGACCUAUUCAAUAUCAGUGGCGCUGCUUCUUGGGAUAAAAUUAACAUGGGUAUGAUGAAGAAAUUUUAUGCUGAUGUUUUAUCAAAAGUACCAAUUAUUCAACAUUUCCUUUUUGGCUCUUUAGUAUCAUUUUCAGUUUAA